AUGGCUGCGAUAACAAAGGUAGCGAUGAUUGGAGCCGGCUCCAUGGGAGGCGGAAUGACUCUUUUGCUCGCAGAGAAGGGCAUUUCCGUUGGAGUUCAAGAUCCAUCAUCCGAAACCGUCGACGCCCUCAUCAAAUCCGGCGAAUCCCAAGGAAUCCACGACAAAAUCGAGAAAUACGAAGACUACGAAACACUUUGCAACUCGCUCUCUUCUCCUCGCAUUAUCUUCUUUUCACUUCCGCAUGGCUCUGUGGGUGAUACCGUUGUUUCUGGCCUUCAUCCAUAUCUUUCGAAAGGCGAUAUUAUUGUUGAUUGUUCGAAUGAGGAAUGGGAAAAUACUCAACGAAGACAAGGGAAGUUAGUAGCGCAGGGUGUGUAUUAUAUUGGAUGUGGUGUUAGUGGCGGGUAUCAGGCGGCACGGCGAGGCCCGAGUAUGUGUCCAGGUGGAGAAGAUAAAGCCCUUGACAUCGCGAUGCCGUUGUUCGAGAAAAUGGCAGCGAAGGAUAAGAAAGGAAAUCCUUGUGUUGCAAAAAUUGGAAUGGGAGGUGCUGGUCAUUAUGUCAAAAUGAUUCAUAACGGUAUUGAGCACGCCAUGAUGAGUUCAAUUAGUGAAGCUUGGACUAUCAUGAACAAGCAUAUGGGCAUGAAAUAUGAUGAAAUUGGAGAAGUGUUUGAGAAGUGGUCAUCAGAAGGAGAACUGGUCGAUACUUUCCUGGUCAAAAUUGGAGCAGAUAUAUGCGAACAGACAGACAAAAACGGUCAUCAUGUACUAGCCGAUGUCCAAGAUAAGGUUGUGCAAGAUAUCGACGGCUCCGAGGGCACUGGGAUCUGGUCCAAUACACAAGCAACAUCACUUCAUGUCCCAGCGCCCACACUAGCUACUGCGCACUUUCUACGAAUAGUCUCGGCAUUUCGAGGACACAGAGAACAUGUCAAAGAUACCUUCCACGGCUCUUUCCUACCUUCUAAAAUCGACUUUUCCUCGGAUGACGAAAAAACUGCGUUCAUUGAAGACUUGCGUCAAGCAGUAUACACAACAUGUCUAGCUUCCUACGUCCAAGGAAUGAGUAUAAUAGACGCGGCCGACAAAGACAACAAAUGGGCAAUCAAGUAUGCAAAUAUCGUUCAAAUUUGGAAAGCAGGUUGCAUCAUCCAAUCCGAGCAUAUUAACUCACUCUUGGAAACCAUUUACACCCCGGAUUCCAAAUCAUCCAGUCACGAUCUUCUUUAUCAAUCGUCUAUCGCUAAAGAGCUUAAAACUGGCUUUGAAUCAUUGAAGAAGGUAGUAUUGAAGGGAGUGGAGACCAAUGCUAUCAUACCGAGUAUGAGCGCGACAUUGGAUUAUCUGAAGUAUUCAGGAAAUCUGGAGUUGCCGACGAGUUUUUAUGAGGCGGAAUUGGAUUAUUUCGGGAAACACAUGUUUGAUAGUAAGAGUGACGAUAAAGAUCCGGGACAACCGGAAACAGGGAAACAUCAUUUUGAGUGGAAGCCUGCUUAG